CGUUGUGAUUGACAAGCCCAGUGUGUAUUUGCCUUCGAAACGCGUACGACGUGCUGCUGUGCUGUGUGGAUAGUUACACCACGAUCGAGUAGAGUAGUAGUAACCAGAACAACAGACACAUACAAUAAAUAAAAAUCUAUAUUUUUUCGCCAGAGUCUUCGCUCAACAACCAAGAAGACCGACGACGAACCAGCAAGCAACCACAACAAACAUCAUCAAUCCCAAUCAAAAAAGAUCACAACAAAAAUUUUUAUUUUUAUUAUUGAAUGUAACAACAACACGACAAGACAUAUAAUCAUCAUCUUUCUAGUAAAACACAGAAGAAAAGAAGUAUAGCCCCUCAAUAAAAAAAAAGAAAUUAAAUAAAUUUUGCAAAAGUUUAGAAAAGGGGCCGUGAAAAUUUCAAAAACUCUGGAAAAACAAAAUAUUGCACAGCAUACAUCAACAACAAAAAACGGCGUAUUUUUUGUUUUGGAAAAUUACGGCGGUUUUCAAAAGACCCAGCAUAAACGGCGGUAACGCGUCUCCAUAAAAAACAAAAAUAACAACAAAUUGUGAAUUUAGUGAAAAUAAAACAAAAAUAACUCAAAACCAAAAAGCCGUCGCUUUUUGUGGGCAAACGUGAAAAACGCGCGCGCGAUUUAUUCUUCGUUCGGUUUAAUUUCAAAUUUAAGUUUUUCUUUUGGUUUUCCAUCAUCCAAACAACCAACCAUCUUCAGUUUAGAGGAAAACUGUGAUACAACUACAAAAAAUUGUUUAAGUUUCUUUUUGCAAAAUAAAUAAUUUUUACAACACAGUGGUAUACGAAAACAAAAAUAUAUUUUUUGGACUCCCUGCAAAAAACAAAACAAACAAACAAAAACAAAUCAUAAAACAAAACAAGAAACAUGGAUUUAUGACCCCCCACACAAUAAUAAUAACAACAACAAGUAAUAAAUUAUAAUAGUUAUAACAACAACAACAAGUAUACUAAAAGUCAUGCUUAAAUAAUUGCAACAACAACAACCACAACAAAAUUGUAUACGAUUUUUUCUAAAACAAAAAUAUAAAAAUUAAAAUUAUUACAAAAAAGAAAAGUUUUUCUUAUAAAUGUGCCUAAAAAUAAGUCAAAGCAAAGGAAAAGCAAGAUAAAAUAAUCUAUAGAAGAAGAAGAAGAAAAUCAUCACCUUACUCCUUCCUCUCCAUACAAAGUGACUAGUGUACAAAAAAAUCUUGGAAAAAUUAAAUUACAACUUUGAAAAGCAGAGUAUCUUUUUGUUGUUAACCAGUGUUGUAUACAGAACAUCGCCAACGAAAAAAAAUCUACAGUCCAAUUGCCGAGAUUGGUUGUAGCUUUUUUUUAAGUUUUUACUUUUUUGUUUAAUUUUUAACAAAAAGUGGCACAAAUCGGGUUGGACACCGCUCCUAGAGCAUUAAUGGCUCAACCUAGGUAUGACGAUGGCCUGCACGGCUAUGGUAUGGAUUCGGGUGCUGCAGCAGCUGCCAUGUAUGAUCCACAUGUUGGUCAUCGGCCGCCUGGAUUACAAGGCCUACCAUCACAUCAUUCACCACACAUGACACAUGCUGCUGCAGCAGCGGCCACAGUUGGCAUGCAUGGCUACCAUACAGCUGGUGCGGCUGGUGGCCAUGGUACACCUAGUCAUGUAUCACCGGUUGCUAAUCAUUUAAUGGGUGCAAUACCCGAAGUACAUAAACGUGAUAAGGAUGCUAUAUAUGAACAUCCCCUAUUCCCGCUGUUGGCUCUAAUAUUUGAAAAAUGUGAAUUGGCCACAUGUACGCCCAGAGAACCUGGUGUGCAAGGUGGUGAUGUAUGUUCGUCAGAAUCGUUUAAUGAAGAUAUUGCAAUGUUUAGUAAACAGAUCAGAUCACAAAAACCCUACUACACAGCAGAUCCCGAAGUAGAUUCACUGAUGGUGCAAGCAAUACAAGUACUUCGGUUUCACCUUUUAGAAUUAGAAAAAGUACAUGAAUUAUGCGAUAAUUUCUGUCAUCGAUAUAUCUCAUGUCUAAAGGGUAAAAUGCCAAUAGAUUUAGUAAUUGACGAACGGGACACCACCAAACCACCAGAAUUGGGUUCAGCUAAUGGUGAAGGAAGAAGUAAUGCCGAUUCAACAUCACACACCGAUGGAGCUAGUACACCAGACGUUCGGCCUCCUAGUUCAUCUUUAUCAUAUGGUGGAGCCAUGAACGAAGAUGCUAGAUCGCCGGGCGCUGGUAGUACACCUGGUCCUUUAUCUCAACAACCACCUGUCCUAGAUACAUCAGACCCUGAUGGUAAGUUCUUAUCAUCACUAAAUCCUACAGAACUAACAUAUGAUGGUCGAUGGUGUCGAAGAGAAUGGUCAUCACCUGCCGCCGAUACUAGAAAUGCCGAUGCCUCAAGACGGUUAUAUUCCUCAGUCUUCCUGGGUAGUCCCGACAAUUAUGGCACAAGUGCAAGCGGCGAUGCCAGCAAUGCCAGUAUAGGCAGCGGGGAAGGUACGGGUGAAGAGGAUGACGAUGCAAAUGGCAAAAAGAACCAAAAGAAACGUGGCAUUUUCCCAAAAGUAGCAACAAAUAUCUUAAGAGCGUGGCUGUUUCAGCAUUUAACGCAUCCCUACCCCUCCGAAGAUCAGAAAAAACAAUUGGCACAAGAUACCGGCCUGACGAUAUUGCAAGUUAAUAAUUGGUUCAUUAAUGCGAGACGAAGAAUUGUCCAGCCAAUGAUUGAUCAAUCAAAUCGUGCAGUCUACACCCCCCAUGCUGGUCCCUCCGGUUAUGGUCACGAUCCCAUGGGCUACAUGAUGGACAGUCAGGCCCAUAUGAUGCAUCGUCCACCAGGUGAUCCUGGUUUCCAUCAGGCCUAUCCCCAUUAUCCACAUGCUGAAUACUAUGGUCAACAUUUGUAAUCAACUUUAGCCCAAUAAAUCUCAUCAUUAUUUAUAUAGUUAAACAAACCAUAAAAAACCGAAACAGAAAGGAUAAGGCAGAAUUUAAAAGUAAAGCUCCUACAAUGACUACUACUCCAACUUCUCCCCCCUGAACCUUACAACAAAAACAAACAAACAAAGAAAGUGCAACAAAAAAAAAACAAAGACAGGAUUGGAAUGCCAAUACCUUGCUCUCACACACCCACCAAAGUCAAAAGUGAAAACAAAUGGUGGGGAAUAUUUGGUGGUUGGCACAUAAACAACAACAACUACUAUUAUAUAGUUUGUUAGAAGGCGACUAAACCAAAAUUAUACAACAAAAAAAUAGUAAAACAAGAAAAAUUAAUGAGAAGAAGAGAAACAUCUCCCACCCCCACUCCCAGACAAAUCAAAUGGAAAUUCUCUUUUGAAGAAAAAAUACUAUAAAUUGAGAUUGAAAGAGAACAAAUGUUGACCUUAAUUAAGGAUAUCAUGGUUGACAUCAUAAAUUUUCAAAUAACAACAACAACAACAAAUUACCGGAUAUACGUAAAAAAUUACUCUAAACAGCUUUAACAAUUAUUGGGAAUUGGACAGAAGAGAGCAAAUAUCUUUUAAUGAUGUCUUAAAUAAAAACUAGAUAAAGUAUCAAAACUCUUUAUUUAGACAGUCUCUUCUCUUCGAAAUGAAAUCAAGCCAAAUCAAGGAGCGAAUUUGGAGAAACUCGAAAUAUUUCCCAUUAAAAAGAAGAAAAUACCACCAAUCAAAUUAUAAUUUUGUAAAAAAAACAACCUAACCAAACAGCGAAUUUAAUUUUUUGAAAAAAAAAAAAAACAAUUAUUUUUUAUGUUAAAUAUUUUGUUAGAAGGCAAAAACCCCACAAAAAAACUAAGUUCUUAGCAAGGUUAACCAGGAUUUUAGGAGAAUUUCUUUAAAGCAAAACAUUUUUUUAAGAACAAAUAAUUAAGUUAUGUAUUUUCUUUAAUUAAAUAUGAUGAUCUCCUUAUUUAAGGGUUUACAAAAAACAUAAUUUUGAUGACAAAACUUGAAAAAUGGGAGAAUUACAACAGAACAGCAAGAACAACCCUACUUAAAGAAUUUUAAAUCCAAAAAAACAUGUGGAAAAAAAAUCACAGAUAUGAAAAAAAAAAACAUUUAGUUAUAAACAAAAGAAAAUGGAGUAAGAAAAAAAUUAUAAAAAACUUAAAUUAAAAACAAAACAAAAUUAUUGAAUAAGUAAACUAAAUAAACAAAGAGAGGAAGAAAGAGUUAAGAGAACACACACACACAUAUGUAUACAUAAUUUAAUAAAUUAAUUAUUAAAAAUACAAGAAAAGCAAAGAAAUAAACAUUUUUAGUAAAAAUCUUAAAACAAACAAACACUUUUCCUCUGCAAGAAAAUUUAAGAAAAAAAUUCUCCCUUAACCCCCCAAAAAUGAAAAAUAUCCCCCCCACACUAAAACACAAUGUAUACCAUUUGUAAAUGUAAAAAGUUUUUAAUUAUUAAUAUUAUAAAAACAAAACAAAAAAAAUAAAAUAAAAUAAUUACUUAUUAGUUUAUGCAAAUAAAUAAGGAAAGUAUAAAACAAAUCUUUAAAAAAUUAAAUAAUUUUGGCAAGAAAAAAAAAAUACAGGACAGGCUCGAUUUGGGGGGUUUUAAAUUAAAAAAAAAUUAAGGUUUUCAAGGCUUCUUUUAACAAAAAAAUAAAUUUUUGGAAUGUUUUAAAAUAUUUUUUUUAAGUAAAAAAUGCAUCCCCCGAAUCAAAUCAUGUCCUGUAUCACGACCUUUAGAAGAUUUCUUUGGAAAAUCGUACGUUUUUUCAUAGUUUUUCUUCAAAGAGCAGCAGCCCGACUUUGUAUUUUCACAAAGUCCGAAUUGCAAUUGAGUUUUUUUCUUAAAAAUUUGUAUUUAAAUUUCCUUAUAUUUGUCUAUUGUACAUUAUCUUAGAUUUCCUGAUAAUUAAGAGAGAAAAAAAAUUGAUUUAAACAAAAAAAUAACUAUAUAUUAUACACAUAAACAAAAAAUGCUUUAUAAUUUUAUUCACACAUCCACACAUACAUACACAAACACUACUAUACAUUUUAGUUAUUAAAAUUAAAACAAAAGUUAAAAAAAAAAACAAAUAAUAAUAUUUAAGAAAACAACAAUUUCAAAAUUUAAAAAGAUUAUAUAUAAAUAUAACUUCAGUUGUUUUUUGUUUCAUAUUUUAUUUUUUUUUUUUUAAAUUUUCCUUCUCUCCCUUUUGGAAAAAUUCCCAAUUUUUUUCAAUUGUUUAUGUAAAGCUAGCAAGUAUUAUAUAAAUAUUUUUUUCUCCUUCAAAGCGUUUUUUGUUUUUCUUUUUUUAAUUUCCUUAUUGCCCCUUCCUGUAAUUGUUUUCAAAUUUUAAAACCUAAUAAUUUUUAUUAUUAUCUCUUACCAUUAAAAAAACAAAUAUUAAUUAUAAUAAUUAAAGUAGUUAUAGAUGAUGAAAAAAAUGAAAAAACAACAAUGAUAACUGCGCGCAGCUGCAUAUAAUUUUAAUUUAAUUUAAAUGGAAAAAAUUACAGCUUGUAUUUUAUUUUAAAAAUAUUAUUUUUUAAUUUUAAUUAUUAUUAUUAUUUUUAAUUAUAUGAAUGGAUUAUUAUUAUUAUUAUUUUGAAUGAUUGUGAAAUGACGCUGAGAGAGUUGAAGAAAAAAAUAUUGAUUUAUAAAACAACAAAAACCUAUAAAACAAUAAUUAUUUGCAAAAAUACAAGAAAAAAAUGAA